AUGCAUUCUCCCAAGAAAAAAAAAACUCUCUAGCAAUAAACACCAAACUGAGCAUGUGCAGAGUGACUCCACAUGAUAUGUCUUAUCAGGAGAUAAGAGGGGGACACUGGAAGAAGGGGAGGAUCAGAGAAGACAGGAUUAAACAGCGUUUUUACACAAUCCAAAGGAUUCACCCCUUAGGUUCUACAGUGAGUACAACAAGCAUGCUUUACGGCCAGGGGCGGACUGACCCCUAGGGCCCAGGGUCAGUAGGGG